AUGGGAGACCCUGACACCAGCCACAUGAAUUUCUCAUCCACAAGCAGUAAUGUGACAGCAGUUGUAAGGAAACCUGAAUCUUUCCACACAGCUGUGACAAAGAUUGUGGUGACUGUGGCCCUCUUCAUCUCCAUCAACUACAUCAAUGGCACCUUGGUCCACACCUUCAACAAACACCAGAUAUUACAUAUGAACCCUCGCUACAUCCUUUUCAUCCAUCUGGUGGUCAACGAUAUGAUCCAGCUGACAGCUGCUGUUACCCUGUUUGUCUAUACUUAUGUUUUCUACACAAUCAAUGUCUCCCUCUGCUGCCUACUAGUGAUUUCUGCUGUUCUCACUACCCAGAAUACACCACUGACUUUAGCCAGCAUGGCUGCAGAAUGCUACAUUGCUAUUUGUUUACCACUCCAGCACUCAAAGUUAUGUACAGCCAAGAGAAUAUAUGUAACGAUAGGUCUGAUGUGGUUGAUAAGUGCAAUCUCAGUCCUACCGGAUCUGUUUGUGCUCCUGGCUACAGAACCUCUGGAAUAUUUCUACUCCAGAAUUGUGUGCCUCAGGCAUAUUCUCUUCCAAAACACAGCUCUCCAUGAGAAGAACAAUUUGAGUAACAUAGUGCUACUAGUUAUAGUUUGGCUCUGUCUUGUCUACACUUACUUAAGGAUCCUGUUUGCUGCUAAAGCAGCUGAUGGAGAUGCAAAGAAGGCCAGGAAUACUAUCUUACUUCAUGGUUUUCAGCUACUGUUGUGUAUGCUCACCUAUAUAAGCCCUUUAUUAAAACAGGCACUGCUGUAUUGGUUCCCUGAACAUUAUAGAAAUUCACUGUUUGUUUGCUACAUUAUCAUCCAGAUCCUCCCCAGGUUAAUCAGUCCUAUUGUGUAUGGCAUACGAGACCAGACAUUCAGGAGGUACUUGAAGAGGUACCUGCUGUGCUCAGUGACUGCAAACACCACAGACUACAUUGAAAGACACACUUAA